AUGUUAAACGUUUUAUAAUUCAUUUUUAUUUAAAUGCAUAUUGUACGUAACUGUGAACUUAUUAAGUAGAUGGGGUCCUAUUGUAAUAUUAUUACAAUAUACUAGUAUACCUAUGUAACAUAAAAUCACUUUUCAAAAACAGGAUAACUCCAUUUUUCAUAAAAAUCGAAAUUUUUGUUAGCAUAGGUAUAUUAUAAUAUAAUAUUGGGGUUACCUAUCGUGUCUUGUUCAAUCUUUUUAAUGAUGUCCUUUAAAAUAGUCGUUUAAUUUAACAAUGGCCGGCGUUCCUGCUGAACCAGCCGUUGCCAGGAAAACUGGAAUAACUAAAGAUUUAGGAAGAGCAUUACCAAUGGUCUAUGUUUUCCAUUGCUCCGAACAAAUGGAUUUUAGAGUAAAUUAAUCAAUCUUGACCGAAUUAAUUGUAUAAAAUAUUAUGCAUCUUAAAAGAUUGCCUUGAGAUAUUAGAUUAUAAAAUUUAAAUUUUAGGGGGUGGAUGGAAAUUGUUGCGAAUAUGAAGUUAUAAUGCGAGCUCUUCGAAAGCUCACCACUCAAAAAAUUGUAACUGAAGAUACUACUUUAUUUAUGGGACUCGUCGGUGAUUUGUUUAUUACGCUAGACGUGCCCCGAACACGUGAAUUAGAAUUUGAAAAUCAAAUUCGUCAAGCUAUGGUUGACUUGAAACUCCAGCAUAAGAAUAAUUUCAUUCUCAAGGUGUUGACGUUGGAAAUUAAUGAACGUAUUGCCCUAACACAGACAAUGCGUCUACCGUUCGAUAUACCCAAUUUGAGGUCCACCACGCCAGGCUCUGUUUUCCAGGCUGGUGUACUUUACUUAAACCAUACUGAUCCGUAUGUUACUAGCUGGAUUGGCACUAGUGAUAAUGCAACCGAAAAAGCUGCUCUUCUGGUACUGUUAAAUAAAUAUGUGCCCAUCUGUUUGGAAGUGCUUAAAACGAAAUUCAAAAUCGUAACACCCAUAUCGGAAAUAAUGCACAAACAAAUGUUGUGUACGUUACUCGAUUGUCUUUCGACUCCCAUCAAUAAUUGUCCGCCGGAAACUGCUAGGGAUGUGUACGGAACAUAUUUUGUGUUCGCUUGUCUUUGGGCGUUUGGUUCAGCAAUAUUUCCAGAUCAGUUGAUUGAUUGGCGAGUUGAAUUUUCCAAAUGGUGGUUAUCAGGGUUUAAAACCAUUACAAUUUCAUCAUCAGGAAGUGUGUUAAAUUAUUUCAUCGACCCUGAACGAAAACAAUUUAUUCCUUGAUCAAAUCGUGUAUCAUAUUUCGAGCUUGUUCCAGAUACA